AAGAUCUAACUAGGUAGUCCUAGCGUCCUUCCCCCUUCCCCCUUCCCCCUUCCCAAGGAAUCCAACGGGAGUCCAUAAACUGUUACUAUAAUAAUCAACAAAAACCGGUUUCCGCUUUUCGUUUCAAGGAGGCGAUUAAGAUGAAGAUUACUGUCAUGACUGCAGAUGAACAAUUCAUCACCCUCGACGUCGACCAAGAUGAAUCUGUUGAGAAUGUGAAGGCGCUUCUUGAGGUGGAGACUAGUGUCGCUUUACAUCAGCAACAGCUCCAUUUCAACGGGAAGGAGAUUCGUAACUCGGAUCGCUUAGGUUCUGUUGGUGUUAGAGAAGGAGAUCUUGUUAUGAUGCUUUCGUCAAAUGCCGGGCCAUCCGCCAAUGAACUCAGAAUAAAUCCGGAUGGUUCCGCUGCAGAUCCUGCUUCAUUCCAGCGACAGAUUCGUCGUGACUCCCAGUUGAUGGGUCAGUUACUGCAGAGUGAUCCAGCACUUGCACAAGCUAUACAGGGAAGUGACCUAGAUAAUCUGCAAAGAAUCCUGAGAGAGCGUCAUCAGCAAAAGUUGCAGUUAAGGAAUAAACAAGCAGAAGAGCUUGCUCUGAUGUAUGCUGAUCCUUUUGAUGUUGAAUCACAAAGAAAAAUUGAGGCAGCUAUACGUCAGAGAGGCAUUGAUGAGAAUAUGGAGGCUGCACUAGAGCAUAAUCCUGAAGCAUUUGCUCGUGUUGUUAUGUUAUAUGUGGAUAUGGAAGUCAAUGGCAUACCCUUAAAGGCAUUUGUUGACAGUGGGGCACAGUCUACAAUUAUAUCUAAAAGCUGUGCCGAGCGUUGUGGGUUGUUAAGACUCUUGGAUCAGCGUUACAGGGGAGUUGCGGUUGGGGUUGGCCAGUCAGAAAUAUUGGGUCGCAUACAUGUUGCUCCAAUCAAGAUUGGUCAUUUGUUUUUCCCCUGUUCCUUUACUGUGUUGGAUGCUCCCAACAUGGAGUUUCUCUUUGGUCUUGACAUGCUAAGAAAGCAUCAGUGUAUAAUUGAUCUGAAGGAGAAUGUAUUGAGAGUGGGUGGUGGAGAGGUAUCUGUGCCAUUCCUUCAAGAGAAAGAUAUCCCUUCACAUAUUCUUGAUGAAGAAAGACUGAAGCAGGCGUCUCUUGGCCUGGGAAUUAAUCCAGGAACAUCGGACGUCCGAGAAAACCCUGCGGGUUCAUCUACAAGAAAUCAAAGUUCAGGCACCCUGCAAAAUAGUCGUACUCUGACUGCUGAUUUGGAGCCCAAAGUUGCUAAGCUUGUGGAGCUUGGAUUUGAUCCAGAGGCGGCUAAGCAGGCUCUCAGGCUCUUCAAUGGCAAUGAAGAGCAAGCAGCUGCAUAUCUCUUCGGAGGUUAAGCUCUAACCAUACAAAACUUCGUGCACGAAUUGUUCACCGAAUUCAUCUCAUUGGUGGCCCACAUUUAUUUGUUAAAUUAAUUGCAUGAAGUUCUCCAUUACUAAAACACUUAACCAGACUAGUUUUGAUAAAUCUUUUUACGUUUCUGUUGUUUUUAAUAUAUAUUAUUUAUGUACGCACACUUCAUUGUUGUCUCCAUUGUAAUAAAGGCAGAUCCUAACUUUAUUGUUGCAUGUUUUACAAA